AGCCGCCUCCCGGGCGGGCGCUUCCUGUUGCUGCCUCUGCCGUCUCCCGGGGGCCGCGGGAAGCCAGGGCGGUGCCGGGAGGGAGAAGGCUCGGGUUUGGUUCGGAUCCGCCGCGAGGUAUCUAGGUUGCCAAGAUGCCAGGGCCACGGCCUCGGAAGGGCCUUCAGGCCAGCGGUCAGGGUGUGGCAGCUGCCAAGCAGCUGGGGCUCUUUGUGGAAUUCAACUCUGAAGACAUGCUGCUAGGGGUGGAUGAAACUGAAGAUGAUGAGGAGCUGGAGGCUGAGCUGUUGGCCCUCACUGGGGAAGCAGGGACCGCAGGCAGGAAGCCAGCACCCAAGGGGCAGGCUCCCCUGCCAAUAGCCCACAUCGAGAAGUUGGCAGCAGACUGUAUGCAGGAUGUGGAGGAAGAGGAGGAGGAAGAAGGGCUCGAGGAGGAUGCAGACCUGUUGUCUGAGCUGCAGGAGGUCCUGGGUGCAGAUGAGGAAGCUGGGCCCCUGGAUGGUGAUGAGGCAGCUAACCCAGAAUUCCAGGAAGACAAGGGACAGGAAGACAUUGAACCUCCAGUGCAGACAGCCCUCCUAAUGACUUCAGUUUCAACAGCUCAGGCUGGAGGGCCUCAGGGGCUGCAGGCUUUGCUGGAAGAACGGAUCCACAACUAUCGGGAGGCUGUGGCCAAUGCCAAAGAAGCAGGUGAAGCAGCCAAAGCCAGACGCUGUGAGCGUGGCCUGAAGACUCUGGAGUCCCAGCUAGUUGCCGUAAGGAAAGGAAGGAAGAUCAAUGAGGAUGAGAUCCCACCUCCAGUGGCCUUGGGCAAGAGGCCCCCAGCCUCCCAGGAAACAGCCAGCAGGAGCCCUGAGGCUGACUCCCAAGUUCCCCCUGCCAUGGAGCCAGACAACCCCUCCCAAUCUGAAACCAGCCUCCUGCACAGCCCUGGCAUUGCUGUCCUGCCUGAUUCAGACCCACACCCACGGGCCCUGCUGUCAGCCCGACAGAGAGCGUAUAAAGUGGCUGCUCUCAGUGCCAAGCGGGCUGGAGAUCUAGAUCGUGCACGUGAGCUCAUGAGGAUUGGGAAGAGAUUUGGUGCUGUCCUGGAGGCCCUGGAGAAGGGGCAGCCUGUGGAUCUGAGUGCCAUGCCCCCAGCACCUGAGGACCUGAAGACCCUCCCAGAGGCUUCCAAAGCCCCCACAGCACCCUCAGUCCUACCCCCAGCAGUGGAGAGAGUGCUCCCAGUGACAACCCCCAACAUCCCAGCAGCUUCAGUGGCCCCUGCAGAGCCGCAGACAGUGUUGGAUGCCCUGCAGCAAAGGCUGAACAAGUAUCGUGAGGCAGGCAUCCAGGCCCGGGCCAGUGGGGAUGAGCGCAAGGCCCGGAUGCAUGAGCGCAUUGCCAAGCAAUAUCAAGAUGCCAUUCGAGCACACCGAGCAGGACGUAAAGUGGACUUUGCUGAGUUGCCUGUUCCUCCAGGAUUUCCCCCGAUUCCUGGCCUGGAGCCCACUGUGGGUACUGAGGAGGAUUCAGUGGCAGCAACUUUGGCAGCUGCCCAAAAACUGGCCACCUCAGAGGAUACAGCCCCAGUAGAAGAUGAGGAUGAGGAUAAGACUGAGCCCCUAGGACAGGCCCCAGUGGCCAAGAAGCCAGCACAGCCUCUGGUUCCUUCAUCCCGGCACCUUCCUGAGCCCAAGGCCUUGAGUUCUAAGGAGGCACUGAGUCCAACUGUUCAGGAACAGCUGACACUGCUGGAGGCACGGAAACUACAGUACCAGCGAGCAGCCCUGCAGGCCAAGCGGAGGCAGGACCUGGAGCAGGCCAAAGCCCAUCUGCGGGUGGCCAAAUGCCUUGAGGGGCAGAUCAUCCAGGUCCGAGCUGGCCGACCUGUUGACCUCUCAAAGGUGCCUUCACCUUUGACGGAUGAAGAGGGUGACUUCAUCCUCAUCCACCAUGAGGACCUAAGACUCUCCCAGAAGGCUGAGGAGGUAUAUGCCCAGCUACAAAAAAUACUUCUGGAGCAAUAUGAGAAGUGCCUGCUGUUCUCCAAGCAGUUCAUGCACCAGGGCAAUGUGACUGAGACAACCCGGUUUGAGAAGCUGGCUCAGGACCGUAAGAAACAACUGGAGAUCCUGCAGCUAGCCCAGGCUCAGGGCCUUGACCCUCCCAGCCACCACUUUGAGAUGAAGACAUUCCAGACUGUGAGGAUCUUCUCAGAACUCAACAGCACAGAAAUGCAUCUGAUCAUUGUCCGGGGAAUGAACCUCCCAGCCCCUCCAGGGGUGACCCCUGAUGAUUUGGAUGCUUUUGUGCGGUUUGAGUUUCACUAUCCUAACUCGGACCAGGCUCAAAAAAGCAAAACAUCUGUGGUGAAGAACACAAAUUCUCCAGAAUUUGAUCAAGUCUUUAAAUUAAACAUCAACCGAAACCACCGGGGCUUCAGGAGAGUGAUCCAGAGCAAAGGAAUCAAGUUUGAAAUCUUCCACAAAGGAUCCUUCUUCCGAAGUGACAAGCUGGUUGGCACAGCACAUCUGAAACUGGAGCGGUUGGAGAAUGAGUGUGAGAUCAGAGAGAUUGUGGAGGUUCUGGACGGAAGAAAGCCCACCGGGGGGAAGCUGGAGGUGAAGGUAAGGCUGCGGGAGCCUUUGAAUGGCCAGGACGUGCAGAUGGUCACCGAGAACUGGCUGGUCCUGGAGCCCAGGGGCCUGUGAGACUGACUUGCUACGCUCUGUGUCCUGUGCGGCAGAUGGUCAGCUCCAGGAGAGGAUCAGGCCAGCGGCAGCAUGCAGGAGCUUAAGGCUUCACUGGCCUCAAAAGCCUUUGUACUUAAGAGAGAAGCUGCUAUACACACACCAAAGGCCUGUUGCAUAUGUGCGCCACUGACCAUGACCCUGGGCUUUGCUCUUGCUGGCCCCUCCUGCCCUCCACAGAAGCAGGCUGGAUUCCAGGAGCUCCUCUUCCCCUUGUCUCCCACUCCUCCAAAAGUGGACAAAGGCAAGGAUACCCUCACCACUCUGUGCCAUGGAGUCCCACAGCCCCUUAACUUCUGCAUACCAACUGUGUGCAGCUUACCCCAGCCCCAAUUGCACUAUUUCUGGAUGUGCCUUUUAAAGAUGUAACUGCUUAAGGGAUGGGAGAACUUGAGGGUGAUCAGGAACCAGUCCUGCUCAGGACAGGGCAUGGUUCCGUGACUCCAGUUGGUCCGUGGCAACCUGUCCCACCCAACCCAGUUCACCCAGCUCUGCCUGUGCCUUUGUCCUGACAGCUGCUGCACUAGCCUUCCUGCUCCCAAAGGACUUAGUAGAAGAGGAAAGUUACUUUUGGUACUGCCUAGUGGGAAGGAGCGGGGUAAGGUUGCAUCUUGGGUUUGGUCCAUGCACCUAAGAUGAAAGACUUGUUAACUGGGGAGAAGGAGGAAAAAAAAAUAUAAAUAUGUAUAAAUUUAUGUAGCCAUUUUUUAUUUAAUAAACUAGGUCUAAUUCAUUAUAGGGAUUUUGUACCUUACACACAGCGUAAAUAAUCUUAAAUCUGGCAUUGUUAAAAAGCCAGAGUAACUGCAACAUUUGCCCACUGCCACCAUGGGUUUCAUAUUUGAGAGAAGACUGGGGAAGCCUUUCCUCUCAGCUGAUCGCCAGAGCCACACCUUAGUUCUUUCCAAGAAAUUUGCCUUUGGCUUUGUUUUUCUGAAUGGAUGGAAACAAUAAGGGGUUUAUAGUUGUAAUAUAUUUAAUAUUCAAAACUGCAAUAUUCUACAUUACUUAGAAAUAAAUACCCCAUCUUUUAUUUCCUCCUUUUUGAAGCAUUAAGUCCAACAAAGCAUUCCUCAAGAUUAUUUUUAAAAGGCUGUAAGUUGAAGCAAAUACAUUCAGAUUACUGGUCAUUAUGUUAUUGCAUAAGCACAGCUCAGGGAUUGCGCUUUUUUGUAUGUGUUUUUGUUGAGCUAACAGGGCUGGGCCAUGCUUCCCUGCCGAAGAGAGCAGAGCUUUUAGUGGAUAACAGUAGGAACUACAGACGAGUGACUCUUCCAAGAGCUCUCUGGCCAGUCUUUCUUACCUAUCAGAUGUGAGCUAGCAAAAUUUCCAGAGAAAUUUAACACUUAAUUACAUAUGUGUCAAACAAGCAGUAAUCUAGAAUGAAAAGGAGAGUCUUAAGCCUUCUUAACAUGGUCUGGACAAGCCUGAAGGGUUCCUGAUCCAGCCUGGUUUUUCCCUUAGGGUUUGCAUUCCCACCCAGUACUUACAAGAGGGUGAAGGAUAGACCACUAAAAUUAUCCUUUAAGAUUCUGAACCCAGGCCUCUGCUGGCUCCAAAGAUUUACCUUUGCAACAUGUUCAAUUUCAGUAGGCUUCACUACUCUGUUCUUUGGAAAACAGAACCUUAAGACUGAGGGAGGCAAGACAAAGACACCCACUGGGCUUGCUGGCUGUGAUUCUUAAAAGGCCUUUGUUGUAGCCAAGGCAUGCAUAGAUAGUAGGAGGGACCUACACAGUUCCUGCUUGUCCUAAGAUUUGUCCAAAAGCGAUAACCAAACACUGAAAAUUAGUCACUCAUGGGAUGAGAACCAACCAUGACUCAAAUCAUUUUCCAAUUUUAAAUUGAAUCUUUAAUCUAGUGUAGUGUGCACUUUGUUCUGAAUUAGUGAACUGAAUAAAAUGUGGAAGACAUUUUUUAGACUGAGUCUCACUAUUAAAAGAUGAACUCUUUUGUGACUGAAA